AUGAUUUUAAACUUCAGACAAGCGCCCCCACAAGAAAAGUUGAUUGAAGAAGAUGAAGAAAAUGAAGAAUUCAGCGAAACCAAAAAGAAUAAUCAUGUCAAAAAGAGAGAUUUAAUGAAAAGAAGAGCCAAGAAAUCAUUCAUCUGCACUCAGUGUGAAAAGAGUUUCUCAUUCAAACAUCAUCUUGUGCUUCACGUGAGAGUUCACACUGGAGAGAAACCAUACACUUGUGAUCAAUGUGGGAAGAGUUUCACACGUUCAGAAAACCUUAAGGAUCACAUGAACAUCCACACUGGAGAGAAACCUUACAAGUGUUCACACUGUGACAAGAGAUUCAGUCGGUCAGCAGACAUGAACAGACACAAGGUAGUCCACACAGGAGAGAAACUGCACACAUGUGAUAAGUGCGGGAAGAGUUUUGCACUAAAACAACACUUUACGGCACAUGUGAGAGUUCAUACUGGAGAGAAACCGUACAGGUGUUUAUACUGUAACAAGAGAUUCAGUCAGUCGGGAAACCUGAAGACACACAAGAGGAUUCACACUGAAGAGAAACCGUAUCACUGCACUGAAUGUGGGAAGAGUUUCAAUCAUUCAGUUUCUUUACACAGUCAUACAAAAACCAAUCACAGUAAGUAGAUCAUCUUCAGAUCCAGCUCUUUCAGAUCUGAUGCUGGGUACUCAACCGAUGAGACACAAUAAUGCAUCGAGCAGUGAAAUAUCAUCUGGAUCAAUUCAAAAGCAGCAGAUUCAACUGUGAGAUUCAGAUCAACUCAAAGAUGGUGUUCCUCCCCAAAGAACAAUGUCACAGAUUAAUUAUUUUUCUUCAAUGUGCUUGCUUAUGCGUUUUAUAUUAUGUUCAGUUGCCUUAUAAUGCAAGUGUUCUGUACCAGCAAAGCUUUCAACACAAUUGACCCAUCGGUAAGCCCCGCCCAAGCUGUCAGUGUGAAAACUUUGUUCCUAUAUUUUUUUUAUAAAUUCUGGACACAGAAUGGGGAGAAUGUUUUGAAACAUUUUGCUCAGUUUUGUUUGGGUUUAAAAAAUAGAAUGAAAUAAAUUCCAUUGCCUAUCCUCUCAGGAUACCUGGAAUCACUGUAACAAGUUUCCCAGGAACAUCGUUUCCCAUGUUUCCAUCUACAGAUGUCUGAGUUCUUCUCCCUGUGCAACUGAUACUCGACUGCCAUUGGCUCUUCUUCACUCGAGGGAAGGGGCUUACCUGUAGGUCAUUAUUCAAAGCUUUCUAACACGGUUUAUGCUAAAAAUAAAUAACACCUUUCAAAGUGUUACAGCCAGUAAUCUGGUUCUACAGCUGAUUCUUUGUUUUAUUAUAUUUUAUAUAAAUAACGGUCAUUGCCAAAGUCAUUAAUUUGUGUCGGUGUACUGGCACUAAAAUAAGUCAAACAAAUUAAUAAAUUCAAUCUAUGAUCCGUUUAUUUUAACUCUCCCUUAGUCAUGUCAUGGCCAAAGUUAUUUUUUCAGCACAGUAUUUAAAUUAUGAUAAAUAUGAUAGUUUGAACCAGAUACUGAAGCAGUCACAUGAUUUUCAGGCGAAUAAAGCUUUGCAUGUCAAA